AUGGAAGACGAUAAGGGUAUGCCUGAUUUGGUUCAACAGGAGGGUGAGUCGAAGAAAGACGAAGUUUCAACUACAAAUACUCUCAAAAGAAGCCGAGGAAGGCCAAAGGGUUCUGGUAGACUACAACUUUUGGCAAAUGCCGGUGGCCUUCCCUUUGCUACUGCUGGUAGAAGCUUCACUCCUCAUAUUUUAACCAUUCCUGUGGGAGAGGACGUGGCAUCGAAGGGCUUCUUUGAAAUUCUCUCUCUAAGUGGAGCCAUUACUGGUGAUGAUAAUGGUAGACAAACAGGCUCAUUAAGUGUUUCACUUUCUCAUCCUGAUGGAGUUGUUUUUGGUGGUAGAGUUACUGGUCCAUUAGUAGCAGCUCUUCCUGUCCAGCUUGUCUUGGGUACUUUCAAGCGCAAUGCCACUAGGAGCAGGAAGAGAAAAAACCCAGGAGGUCCGUCAACAAAACCUUCCCCUGAUGGUAACUUAGAAAUGGAAAGACAAACUCCAGACAUUAAUCUUACCAUUACAGAUCGGAGGAAGCUUGUGACUCAAGAUGGAAACAUCAACUCCCGAAACCACGACAGAUCAGGAGGAAGCUCAUCACUCAAAGAUGAAAACGUCAGCUCUGGAGAUACUGUUCCCAUGAUGAUCAGAGGAAGCUCAUGA